GGAGGCAGACAUGAGGCGGUGUUGAGAGCCCGGCGGAGAGCUGCCGAGCUGAAAUGAAGCGCGCACUCGGAGGGGCUCACACCGUACAGCGACGUGCGGCUCGGGAAGAGGCUCCGCUCCGCUCCGCCAAAGCAGAAGCCCGCUCCGGCUGAAUGAAGGGCUCCGUCCAUGCGGAGGCUAGCGCUCAUUCUGCUGCCCUGUGCUGUCGCCGUCCUGGUGCACUUGUGGUUGGCACAACGACUCUCCUCCAGCCCGUCGGACAACAACACAGACUCUGAUGAACCCUUGCCUCUCUAUGAAGUUUUGGUGGGAGUGCUGUCAGCAAGACACAAUUAUGAACUGCGACAAGCGAUAAGAGAGACCUGGCUGGGAUACAUCAGACAUCACCCCCACUUCCAGCACAGAGUGGGGGUGAAGUUUAUCGUGGGCGAGCAUGGCUGUCCCAUCCCGGAGGAGGACAGAGAGGAUCCCUACUCCUGCUCCCUUUUAAACUUAAGUGAGCCAGUGACUGGACAGGAUGAAGAGAUGGAGAUCGUAACAGUCUCUGAGCCAUCAGUGCUCGCCCCCUCCGAUGUGUCUGCCAUUGCGCUGGAUUUCAAAGUCCUCCAUCCAGUGGUCAUUACCAAGCUGGGGGUGUUUCCCAGCAAGAUCCUGCCUGAACUUCAGACCAAUGUGACAGUCAAGCUUCACCAAUUGGAUCAGGAGGAGGCCGUAGUAACUGCUCGCUUCAGUUCCAUUAGCACGGGGACCAUGGUCAACUGGGUGUGGUACAAACCGGUAGAGCAGUUCAUCUUGCCUAAGGGUUUUGAGGGGACAUUGGUCUGGGAGAGCUUGGAUUCUGCUGCACUGACCACGGUCAACUCCACCUUUGCCAAGUUCAACGAUGGAGGAGGAGUCCUAAAGUUUUCUUCUGUACGAGCUCGUAUCACUAUUUCCGAGGGCAUACUGCCUCACAGAAGUGCUCUUGGGUUUCCCGGCUUGGCUGGAGGCUUCACGUUUACUAUCUACGACGGAGAAGGGCUGUCGGGGCUCCUGCAGGGCCGCCCGGGCAGGAUGGAGCGCCACGCCUCCAGGCUGAGGCAGGAGGAUGUGGCUCUGCUGGAGGAGAGCCGGAGGCACGGCGACAUGGUGUUCGUGGAUGUGGUGGACACUUACAGGAGCGUGCCUUCCAAACUGCUGCAGUUCUAUAAAUGGUCGGUGGGAAAUGCUGACUUUAAUCUGCUGCUGAAGACAGAUGAUGAUUGCUACAUCGACGUGGACUCAGUAUUAAUGAAAAUUGACCGCAAGGGUCUCAAGCACAGCAAUUUCUGGUGGGGGAAUUUCAGGCAGAGCUGGGCAGUGGAUCGUAUCGGGAAGUGGCAGGAGCUGGAGUAUGCCAGUCCGGCCUACCCGGCGUUCGCCUGUGGCUCGGGCUACGUGGUCUCUCGUGACCUGGUCCAGUGGCUCGCCAGUAACGCAGAGAAACUGAAAGCCUACCAGGGAGAAGAUGUCAGCAUGGGGAUAUGGAUGGCUGCUGUAGGACCACAGAAAUAUCAGGACCCGGCCUGGCUGUGUGAGAAGGAGUGUUAUCUGGACAUGCUUUCAUCUCCACAACACACAGCCGAAGAGCUGCGUGUCCUGUGGGAAAGAAAAAGGAGCUGUGGAGACCCCUGCGGCUGCCCCUGGAACCACUGAAUGUGGUUGUCAGCAGACUCGCCACAUGGCACUGUGGGUAAAACGCACAUAACUCUGGUUUUUCGCUCAGUUUCUGGGAUUUUCCCUCAAACACUGAACACUGAAUCAGCUUCAGUUUAGGCAUUGAUAUAGUAUAAUUCAUUAAAACGCUGUGAUGGAUCUGGAAAACAGGGUUUUACACCUUCAGAAAUCACUGUCAUCUUCAGAAAUAGUUUUUAUCUUACAUUAAGCUGUAGCGUCUCAUCAGUACUCAUUCACUGAGUUUAUCUUCAGAGGAACAAAAACAGAACAGGAUU